AUGACAGAUCAGUCCCCGGUUAGAAUUGCUGUGUUGGGUGGAGACUCAACUGGUAAAACAUCGUUUAUUUCUAGGCUAACGGUCAAUAUGGUGCAUGAAGCUCAUUAUCCAACCAGAAAUCAGAAUAAUUGGCUAUUUGAUUACAUUCCGCAUUCCAAAUUAUCAAAGACUUUAUUAGAUUCACAGAAUCAUGAACGGUUAUUGAUGAGAACUCCGAACUCGCAGACUAUUGAACCGAUUUUUAAAUCUCCACAACUUUCUCCUUAUGUUCUAUUAUCCCCAUUAACGUUUCAAUCAUUUAUAAACGAUUUCAAUAACGUUAAGAAUCAAAAUAAAUCAAAAUCAAGUAAUAAUUCAAGGACAAUUGAUAUCGUUGAACAAGAUACUAAAUAUUAUAAAUAUAUUACAGAAAAAAAAUCAAUUUUAGAUAAAAAUGCAUCUGGUAAUAAUAAUAAUGGUCCUUCGAUAAACAACAAGGAUAUAAAUGCGAAAUAUUUUAGUACAGUUAAAAAUAAAUAUAAGUACACAAAAAGGAAUUUAAAUAAUAUUGAAAGAGUUAAAGAAGUUGAAGCAUCAGUAAAAAUUCCAGGAAAUUAUGUACCUCCUGAUUAUACUCCAAUUUUAAUUGAUAUAAUUGACACACCAGGAUUCAAACCUGAAAUGGUCGUUCCAUUUUUGGAAGUUUCAUUAUUCAGAAAUUUAGGUAAAAAUAUUCUUCAUGGUCUUGCUGAUGAACCAAGAAGAGCAGUCUCUACAACUUCACUUCUGGUGGCAUCUGGUGCUGCAGAAUUGAAUGGUAAAAUUGAUGGUUAUAUUUUUACGUAUAGUGCUGUCCCCGAAUUAUCUCAUAAUAUAGAACCACCUACGUAUAUGAAUAAUAGCACAAACUGUAAAGAUGCACAGGUGAAGAAUUCUUAUAGUGAUUCACAAAACAAAAAUAAAAAUAAUAGUGAUGAAUAUGAUAAAUAUCAAUCAUGGUCAACAUUUACAAGAAAAACAGAUGGCGGUUUUUCAUUGUUAGAUGUAAUUAGGUCAUCGAUGUUAGAUGCAUGGGCAGAAUUUAGAACUUAUCAAAGAGGUUGGGAAAAGGGUAAAGAACAAGAUGUCUAUUCCUUGGGUUAUAGUUUAAAAAAUAUGUGGAAAACAGAAAAAGAAAGAACGGAAAAAUUACAACAAUUAAGGGAAUUUAAAACUGAACUUCCAUCUAUUGAAAUUGAACCUUCCUCUCCGGAUGCUCCACCGCCUGUUAUAAUUGUAUGUACACAUCUAAAUGAUCAAUUAGCCAGUCCUGUAUUGAUAGAAUGGGGUCGUACUUUGGCUACAAAAUGGAAAUGUGGCUUUGUAGCAGUUGACACUAUGGAUGAUUGCAAUGUUGAUGUGGCACUGAGCAUGUUAAUAAGAGAUAUUGUAGAAAAGGAUAGAUUGAUAAAUAACAAUGUGCAACAUAAAGAACAUGAUUCUGGAACUACACUAAUGAGCUUUUUGAGCAGGUAA